AUGCCGUUGCCGUGGCUUGCUUUAAAUUCUUCAGAUUCUCCUUCGUCUCUACGGCACGCAUGUGCGCGCGGUACCGCCGGUCAGCAGCGUGAGUCAUGGCGGCGGCGGUCGCGAGAAGGAGACGGCUUUAAUCCACCGCGCGCUUCCGGAAGAGCUGCUGGUGGAGGUGUUUGCGCGCCUGCCAGCGCAGCAUCUGGGGCGCGUGGCAUGCGUGUGCCGCCGCUGGCGCUACUCCACACGCGCCCCCGCGCUCUGGAAGGAGGCUUGCUUCCGCGCCUGGCACCACGUCCAGGUGGUGGAGGCUUUGGUUUUCUACGUACUGCAUAG